CAUUUCAGGUGAAUGAACAUGGCCUCCAUUGCUGCCCUCUUCUUGUUUUUCAUCGUUAUCAGGGCACAAAGUGAAGGACAAACUUUUAUAACAGUGGAAUGCAAGACUGGAAACGUGGUACAGUAUGGCCAGCAGUCAAUGCUGGACUGUGUGGUCAAAACCACACAAGUCGUAAGAGAUGCAACAAUCCUGGUGGUCAGUUGGGAGAAAGAGGAUACUAAGGGCGCUGUGAGGGUGCUGACUUUUGAGAAAGGAAGAAUUGAUCCGAAGCCUGGCUUUAGAUUUGCUGAACCAUCCUGGAAUGACAAGAAUAUGAACGUAUCCCUGCUCAUUACCAACACUACGUUGAAGGACAUUGGAAAAUAUAAAUGCGUGGUGAUGACAGACAGCGGUGACAACACCAACCAUACUAACCUCUCAGUCACAGCCAAAUACAACGAACCAAUGAUACAUUCCAUCCCAGAGAAGAUUACUAGAGAUGAAGAUGUCACCUUGAUCUGUACCUCUGAGGGUGGAUAUCCAGAAGGUCGACUUGGCUGGUUCGAUGAGCACGGCAUCAAGUGGCCAGAUAGCAGUCCACUACAGGUGGAAAACGCUAGCAAUGGUCUGUUUAAACUCACUAGCAGGCUGUCUUUGCUGAAAAAUACCAUUUUCUCCAAGUAUACCUGCAAAGUGUUCAAUGCCAGUGGCGCCAAAGAGGGUGAGACUGCAUUGGAAAUACCUGGAAAAGUUGCAGAACAAGAAGGAAGGAAAGAGUUGGAUGAACCCACCAAAAUCGUCGCUCCUGUGGUGGUUAUCGGCUCACUGAUCGUAGGAAUGCUGUUGGCGUUGCUGGUAUACAGAAGGCGGUCUCGAAAGGCCCGGAGGUUCUCUACAACACCCCUAAUGAGUGAUCAUCAUCGUGUAUCUGAAUCAGCAGCUGAGGAAGGUGAUCAUCUGAACAUUGAAACACAGUGACAGCAUGGCCUGAGGAGAUUCUUCAUAUCACAUGAAUAUAACUUUUUACUGUCACCUCUGAAAUCAACACUUCCUUGUUUGCUAAACUCCACUCGUUUAUUGCACUUUUCUCAUUGCAAACAACUGUGUGUAUAAUCAUAAAUAACUUGUACUACUGUGAUUAAUCACAGGCACUGUGUACAAAGUGUGUGUGAAGUAUGUAAAAAGGGUACUGACUGAUUUUUAAUCAGUCAGACAAGCAAGAGGAUAAUGUUCAGCUCCAGUGGUCACAUCCGAGGCAGUGUAUAACAUCCCAAAAUCCAGUUGGCAGUCCAAUUGAUGGUAAAUGGCAGUGAACCUCUGGUAUGCAUGUAUAGAUUUAUGGAGGAAAAACUUUUGUUUAAAUGUGUGUGUCCACACAGUGACUGUAGACAAGGUAACUUUGUAGGAUUGGCUUUCCUUCUAACUGAGUGCUCUCAUUAUGAAAAGAUUAGCAGGGAAUUGUUUGAAACAGGUGCUAGAAGUUAUGUGUGUGUGUAUAUGCACAGCUUUGUGUGCACAUUUGGCUUUUGAGUGGAAGAUGUUACUGCUUUGAUUUUUACAGAUUUUAAUUUCUGCUUCUUUCAAACAGGCUUUGUAAAAUAUGUAUAUAUCACAACUAAUCAAUCAACAUUUAGACACCUAACUUACAUUUUACACACAACACAUAUUAUUUUCCAAUAGCUAGCAAGUGACAAGUGAAGAUCAUGUGAAACACAAGUGAAGAUCAUGUGAAACACAAGUGAAGAUCAUGUGAAACAUGGGAAGAUGACAAGUGUCUGUGGCAAACUUUCUCAGUGAAAGUAAGAAAAAGGAUAUGAAAUGUGUGGGGGUUGCAGUACAUGUUCUCAGGCAGCGUUGGUUAACACUAGACUUAAAGUUAGACUGAUCUUAUUGUUUGUCUCAAGGUUAAAAAUAACCAAAGUCUUUUAAAACCCUUCAAGGACUUCUCUCCUUGAGAACAUGUACAAUAACCCCCACAAAUUUCAUAUCCUUUUUUCUUACUUUCACUGAGAACGUUUGCAGGAUAGACACUGGCCACUAACCCUGGACACUAACCCUGUGUUCCUCUAAUUGUGACUGGUGUUUAUGUAACAUUUGGCAGCAAUGCAGCUCCACUGCCAAAAAACACAGUCUUUGUGAAAUCAGAUUUUUUUUUAGUUUCAUUCUUACCCUCAUCUGUUGCCAGCUCUUACAGAAAGGACCACCUGGUUGAUGAUCACACACACAACAAAAUAUCCUGUAAUCCAUGUCUGUAUGUAAUAUACUUUAUUUGUCCUUACAACACCAAAGCAAAGUUAGGCGUGUACAAUAAUAUCACCUUAUCAGCAUCUGCAAAUGUGCAUGAUUAAUCUAGGUACAGUCCGGUGAUACUAAAUGAUCACGGUUGAUCAUUAACUUUUGGGAGAGAGAAAAACAACGGCAGCAUAUCAAUUGAAAGGUUUUUCAUUUUUACAUUUAUAUGGCAAGUAAAAAAAGAAAACAAAACUCAAUAGAGGCUCCUGCAGAUAUUGUUCUGUUGAUAUUGUUUCUAUGAAUCUGUGAAAAUUCUGUGUAGAUGUGUGACUUUAUGUUGUUGAUCCACUUUAUACUGCAGGUCAAAAUGAAACUUAUACUACUGGACUUUAGCCUGUGUUGUAAUGACCUUAUUUUUGUUGUGAUUUUAUGACAGUCUUUUAUUACCAUGUCCUGUAUAAAUUUAUACAUGUUCUGAUAUGUGAUUAAAACUUUUUAAUUAAGAAAUGGAA